ACUCAUAAUACAAGGAAUCCCUCUGAGCAUUUUCUGUGUGAGUGUUCUUACAGAUGUGUCUGUAAUGAGACAGCUUGAAGAAGAACUUGUAGAAGAACAGAAUAAUGGCUGUGAAAGCGGGCUAAAAGUGGUUAGCCUGCACAAGCCAGAAAUUAAACUGGAAUCACUAAAAGAAGACAUUAAGGAUUUUCUGAAGACAUCAGGUUGGGAAAAGAAACUGCAGAAUGCCAUUUAUAGCGAACUCAAUGUGUUUCCUGCACCCUGUCAUCCUGCAGCACCACCUGAGCAUAUGAAGGAACCGUUAGGUUAUAUGAGGAAAGCACAGGGAAGCUGGGAGAAACGAAUUCUAAAAAGUCUAAAUAGCAUGUGCACAGAACUCAGUAUCCCACUAGCGCAGAAGAGGCCUGUGAAUGAACAGAAAGAACUGCUUAGUAAAUGGAAUGAAAUGGGAACUGAUGAGCCAGAUCUGAGUCUCUUCCGCCCUGUUUAUGCACCUAAAGAUUUUCUUGAGGUACUGAUGAAUCUUCGAAACCCAAAUUAUGAAAAUGGAGAACAGCCUAGUUUCAGAAAUCAUCUGGGGCUAAUUCAGGUUCCUCUAAAAGUUAAAGAUAUUCCAGAAUUGAAAGAAGACUUCAGUGAACUAGACUUGAAUAUAGGACAGCUGGGUAUUGAUGAUUCAGCACAAGUGCCUCCUGAGUUCUUUGAAAACGAACAUGUACGUGUUGGACAGAAAGUUUUAGCCGAGCAAGAUAGUGCUGCAGCUCAACAAUAUGUACGUCAGGGGUGUCCAACAGCACUCCGAGCUGAUCUGUGGGCCCUCAUUCUCAAUAUUUCUAAUCAGCCAGAGGAUAUCUUGUAUUAUGAACAGCUAAAGUCAAAUGUGAUUCAGCAUGACCUUUUAGUGGACAGCCUGAUUUACAAAGAUGUAAAGCUGACAGCAAGCAAUGAUGACUACUAUUUUGUAUUUGAGGAUUAUUUAUAUCAGGUAUUACUUUGUUUUUCCCGAGAUACAUCAGUAUUGGAGCACUUUAGUUACAGUAGUGCUACCCCACCCAAGUCAUAUAUACGAGGAAAACUCGGAAUGGAAGAAUAUGCUGUUUUCUAUCCUCCAAAUGGUGUAAUUCCUUUUCACGGCUUUUCUAUGUACG